GAGGAUCAAGACCAUUUUUGUACAUUAUCGAUCGAUUGUUUCAUAGACUGGUCAGAUCUUGCGACGUCGAUCAGGAUCAAAAUUUCAAAUAUUUUUAUUUCAGCUGUCGUGCUGAAUUCGCUACUUGGACGGAAAGGCGCUUUACACCAGCUCACCGAUUACUGGGAUGUGGCCACGUAUUUCGAGGUAUCAGUCCUGGCUGAGAACUACCAGAAAGCCUGCGAAGCAGCGCUUAAAAUGGCGAUGUUGAAGCCGCCUGUGUGGUUUCUUAAAUCAACCAUGGAGAACAUCAAAUUGAUCAAUCGAUGUGCGGCUACAAUCAGUCCGAUUGAGAAGGAGAAACAGCAGUUUCUGUUCUGGUCCGAAUUCUUUAUGGAAGCGAUCCGAGUUCAGAAACGAUUUGUGACUUGUGCCCGUUUUCCAGUGCUAAUUCAGGAACUCACUAAGCAAUUCACGCCGUCCUACCUCACGUUGAACGUCAAUGAACGCUCGAUGAUUCUUAGCCAUGUGCUGGAAAAUAGCCAACAGAAAAAGCCACCACCAGGUAUCCAUCGUUGGCACUUCACUGCCGGUAACAUCAAAGCAGUCUCCGCCUCGAAACGUGAUGAUCGAUCAAUGUUCCUGUAUGUCCAUGAAAACUCGGACGAUUUCAAUCUCGUCUUCCCAUCAGCGGCGCACUGCAACAAAGUCAUCAGCUCUCUGAUGGAAAUGACGGAAGCUGAUGGCAAUCAAGGCAAAGUUCUGUCAAACCUUGAUGGCGAAAAGAUGCACUUCGAGUACGAGAUGACGUCAAGUGGUGAUCGAGUGGUACUUGGCAAAGGUACGUACGGUGUAGUGUACUCGGCUCGAGAUGUGACAACCCAGCGUCAAAUCGUCGUUAAGGAGAUCGAAGUCAAGUACGACGAAGAGGUGCAACCCCUUAUGGAAGAAAUCAACUUGCAUUCAACACUCAGCCAUCAAAAUAUUGUACAGGAUACCGGUAAUGACGUGUUUCUCAUCUUCAUGGAGCACGUGCCGGGAGGAAGUUUGAGCAGUCUGUUGAGGUCAAAGUGGGGUCCACUUAACGAACCAGCUAUGGUUCUCUACGGCAAACAGAUCCUCGAUGGGUUACGCUACCUGCACGAGCAGAAGAUCGUUCAUCGUGAUAUCAAAGGUGAUAAUGUCCUGGUGAACACGUACAGUGGCGUAUGCAAAAUUAGCGACUUUGGUACCUGUAAGCGACUGGCAGGACUGAAUCCGGUCACGGAGACAUUCACAGGAACCCUGCAAUACAUGGCCCCUGAGGUCAUCGAUCACGGCCAACGUGGAUACGGAGCACCGGCUGAUAUUUGGAGUUUCGGCUGUACGAUGGUUGAAAUGGCUACUGGACGGCCACCGUUUGUCGAGAUGCAAAACCCUCAAGCCGCCAUGUUCCGCGUCGGUAUGUUCAAGACGCAUCCACCACUGCCCACGGACAUUUCGGAAAAGUGUCGGCAUUUCAUCAAGAGCUGCUUCGAACCUGAUCCCUUACAACGACCCAGUGCACUGAAGCUGCUCAAUGAUCCGUUCAUUCAGCAAUACCAUCAUUCCAUUUCGCGAACUCGAAGCGGAUCGAUGAAUAAAAAGCAGAUGGAUCACGUCAAUAAACAUCGAGAAAUGCUGCGUUCCACGUCACACAUUGGAGGCAUCGGCGUCAGCGAUCGUGGUUCCGUCGAAAUGCCCACCACUCCGCAAUCCGCAGUCGUCGAAGAAAAACGACUUCAUCUGAUGAUUGACAACAGGUACUAG